CCCGUGACUCAGACAAUGGAGAGUAUUCUCUUCUACUUGAAGAGCUACAGUGAGCCGGUCCUGAGCCUGGACUCAGCUGUCUUAGCUGUUGACCCCAGGCUUACCUUGCUGAGUGGACUGGGGUUACUUCUUCUAUACCUGUGCUACUUGGUGUUGGCAUCAUUCACACAAAACCUCAGAAAACAUGAACACACCCAUAAGCAUCUGGGUAGAGCGAAGAGAAGGAAAGGUGGAACAUUUCGAGGUUCAAAAACUUGCAAGAGAGAAGCAGAGGAGGGACAGAGGCUGCAUCGUAUUCUGAUAAGCUCCCUGGGCCAGCAUCAUGAUUCCACCCACUUUCGUCAGCUGUUGUGCCCAGACUCCCUCUGUGAGGUGUGUAACAGAUCGACAGCCGAGGUCAAUCGCCUGCUGGACUGGGGGGCCAAGGACGAGGCUACUCCCUCUGUGUCCUCUUUGACUUCCACAGCUUUUGUGACUGAGGCAUCAAUGUUUCUGCCUUCCACACUGUCACCAAGCCCUCCAGGAGACCUGAUAGCUGGCCAUUUGUCUGAGCCUUCUCCACCUCCAACCCCUAACCUGUCACCCAGCCUAAAGACCCCCUUAGUUGACUCACUGUCGCCCCCACCAUUGGGAGACUCUCUGCCACCAGAUCCUCUUCCUCCCGUGGGUUGCACAUUCCCAGUGGGCCAUUUCCCAUCUCAACCACCUGCUGGCCACUCUCUCCUCCAACAUCACACUCAGAAAGUAGAUCCUGUUUUCCAUCCACGGCUGGAUAGCCGUGAAGGGUUGUCCACUAAAGUCUCAGCCAUCAGAGACCUUGAUCACUCAAGCAUGGCAAUUUCAGAAUUCUCCUGGUGGCACACUCAUGCCAGGACCAUGUUCCUCCCCAGAUUGCCACACUCUAAUUUUCAGGAAGAGCAUGUUUCUUUCUGUGUACCAGAAACCUAUUGCUGGGGAGACACUAAUAUCAAGCAAAUGGAGGUCAAUAGCCUUUCUUUCAUUGGCCUUAACAUACAGGCACUCUUGGAGCGACAUAUAAAAAAGAAAAUGAUUUUCCAGAUUUUUAAGAAGAGUGAAAAAGAGGAGGAACUACUUUCAAGACAAAUGUGGUCUGACUAUCAAAUGACAUCCUCAGAGAAUUCACUGCAGUUACUUAAUAAGCAGGACUUCACAGUCCCCCAAACUAUCUGGGAUACCCAAGGAAAACCAGAGGGACUGCACAUUUGUCAGCAGUUCCUAUGUGACAAGACUGGGGGAGAAAACAUGGAACGGAUAUACAGCCAGCUCUUCUGGGGUCUUCCUUCACUGCAUAGUGAGUCCUUAGUGGCUCCUCUGUUAGUGACUAGGAGUAGUUUUCCACUAGAGCUUUGCUGUGUCUUAUUCAAUGGGAUCUGUAAUAUUCCUGCAGCCCAAAUUCAGGAUCGAGAAUCUCCAGUACUUUCUAAUUCUCAUCCUCCGCCCAUCACCAAUAUACAUCUGCCAAUUCUACCUUUCAUUCAGGUUCAUUCCCAGGCCCACCUUCAAUCUCCACUCCCUAACCCAGCAUCAUUAUCUUCACCCCAGAUUAAGAAGUGUGGAGUUUCUUUUCAUAGACCCCAGAAUGAGGUAGACUCUCAAAUCUCAAAUGAAAAUCAGAACCUAGAAUGGCAUGUGUUGCAAAAACAUCAAGAAAGUUUGUGGGGUUUCGUCCCGGUGCUCCAAAAGUGUCAAGAAGGUUUACGUCCUCCAGCUCCUAACCUUCCAUUGGUCAGCCAUUCUUCCCAAGUCCAUGUUCCUGUCUCCAUCUUUCCUGGUAAUUUUCAUGUCACUAGUGACACUCAGGAGAAACCGGAGCUCCAUGUUCCAAAGAAACAAAUUCCCCACUGGUGCCUCCCAGCCUGUAGGAAUCUAGGAUCGACAGCACUGAUGGAGCCUUGCUACAAUUCAACAGAAACAUUGCACCAGAAUGUCAGACAUGCUCUCUCACAGCUCCCCGAGUUUCAGGGCUGUAGUAGAAAAGAGUUGGUAAAGACAGAAUUCAGUUUUCCAGGCAGUUUCCAUGAGAGGUUCCCAACAAUAUUUCAACCAAUGAGGGACAUGGCAAAGAAUCUUGGCCCAAUCCUGGGAAAGUGCCCAUCAGAAAACUCACCAGUGGACUCAGAAUGCUAUGUAGAGAAGGACCUGAGGGCCACCUCUGAGACAAUAGGUGACUGGAUAUAUCACUCAAGGAAUGUCUCAGGGAAUGAAUUACUAAGUAUGCCUAGCAGGAACUUAGACCAGAAUCAAGUGAAAACCAUCCUGAGAUUGCAUUUAAGCAGGAAGUUUUGGCAGAUCACUGCAGGUAGGAUCCCUGUAGACGUGUGUCGUUCGUGGCUGGCUGAUGAAAAUGUGUUGCCUCCUUAUGGAAGUUAUACCAAUACAGAAAACACAAAGGUAGCACCAUUGGAGGGUAAAUUCUCCAGCCAUAUUGCCACCCUAGAGCUUUCUUUUCUUGGUCCCCAAAUUCAAAACCUCCUAGAAGCCCAUAUUAUAAGGUUUCGAGUAAGUCAGAGGUGGGGCCUGCCCCUCAAGGUCCUUGAAUCCAUUAAAUUCUUUGUGUUAAGAGAAACAAAAACAUGGCCUCUUCCCCAGAUUGACUUUCCUUCAUAUGCCAUCCACAUAUCUGGGGUGGAUUCCACAGCUAGUGUUAUCAAGGCCCGCUCUAAAGCUUUUCAUAAAGACAAAGUGGGAACAACAAAGUUUCUCCCUGUCCUAGAUCAUACUCUCCUUGCCAUCUCACCUAUGGACAAGGAAAGACAGAAAGCCCUGAGACAAUUGCCUUCUGAUACUGACAAUGAGUUUACACAGAAUGUUCAGACAAUCGAGAGUAGUAGACAGACAUGUCUGCCCUGCACACACAGCAUCGUAGAAAAACCAAAUCAGAACGAUGUUGCAGUAGUCAACAGAUGCAGCCUAGAGCUGCCCACAAAGCAAUAUGAGGAUGGACAUGAAUCAAUGGAUGAGAAAGUGAGAGCUACUGGCAGAGUAGAAAUGCUUCAGGACAAAAUGAUGGUGGAGAAGAAUUCAGAGAAUUUUCCCACAUCCAACAUGUCCAGGAAGAUAGUCAAGGCUGAUGAGCUCUGUGCUUUUCGACCUAAUGAUAUCUUGAAAAGCAGUAAGUUGAGAAGCCCCCAAAUGAUAAAGGUGGGAACAAGUAAUGUAGAAAAGACCCCAACCACUGAAUACUCUCCACCAAGAGUACCUAUUCCUGAAGACCUUAAAUUAUCAGACCUUAAAAGACAACUCCUUGAUGAAUUAAGGUUUAAAUUGGAGAGUUUGGAACAUAGCCAGGCCCAAAGCUCUUCUAGUGACACCUCUCUUUCUUCAGUUAGCUCAACUUCUGAUUCCUCCAUGCCUCAUUCCCCAAGUGUCUCCAGUACAAACCUGGCAGACGUCCAGGUAUUGCACAUUUGCUUGGAUGACAGGGGAAUCGGUGUGGAGCAGGGACAGGAGCUCUGGGUCCCUAGGCGUGUUGUAUGUAAAUGCCAUGGUAAGAAUGUCUCACCAACUACAGAGAGAGUAAGUCCCCCAGGACCCAAAGCAGAAGACUGCGAAGGCAAGAACUCAGGAUUAGGGACAGCCAGAGCUGAAGGGAAGACCCAUCCUCCUCAAGAUAGGAAAUUAGAGAAGACUUCUGCAUCCCUGUCACAGAAGGAAACAUUUCCUCCUGAAACCUAUUUUAGCAAAAAGAUAAGGCAAUUUUUUCAGUGGAUCAACUCCAAGAGAAAGGGUACAAAGAAGAAAAGUCCCCUGCAAAAAGGCAAGUUCAUGCCAGACUUUUCAGGGUGCUACAACCCAAUUAAAGAUCAAGCUCUCUUUAUGAGCUGUGGACCUCCUGAAGCUCAUGAGCUCAUGGCAGCCAUUGGGAGGAUUAUAGAGGAGAAACUGGCAUGUAGUCAGGAACCUGAGCCCUUGGAGUUAAGUCAGCAGAAAAAGGAACAAAAGGAACCCAAUAAGGGACAGUCCUCAAACUAUCAGGCUCCCUCUGACCCACAGCAAGAGAAGGGGUCAAAUACCCACUCCUGCACUCAAGAAGCUGUCAUUCCUGCCCCAAGUUGUCUUACAAGUGUCAGAAAGAAGAGAGACAGAAUCAGACAUCCCCAGAAAGCUGUGAUAUUGAAGGACCAGCUAUUACUCCAAAGUCAUUGCUCUUCUGAACCCUCCAGGGAGCCUGCAUCCCAUCCAAGCCCCACCUGCAUGCGAGUAUGCCAGGUGCCUCCAGCUGCUAUCACACCUGCUGAAGGCACUGUGUUCAGCCAUUGACCCUUCUUUGCAAAAAGAAAAUGCUUCUCCACCACAUAGAGGAAGCAAAACUCUCCCCAAAGGAAUUAUCCAGUUCCUGUGGAAAGGGCCUCUCAGUUUUCAUGGUAGUUCAUUUUUGGAUAAGAACAAUCUCUGUUUAAAACAAUCAACAAUAUAUUGGUUCUCCCCAUUAAAUGUUGUGUCUAA